GCUCUAUGAAACAUGGUUAAACAGAACGCCUUAUUCACGCGCGUCAAGCUGUCGUUCCGUUGUGUCUAUUGAUAUUGCAAUAUUACAGUACAAACUACAAAUUAUAUUUAAAAAAAAUGACAGAACAACUUAUAGAAUUGGUGAGAAAACAUACGUUUCUUUAUGAUACCAGUUGCAAAAGUUAUAAGAAUGUUGGUUUGAAGGAUGAGACUUGGAAAAACAUUGGACACGAAUUGAAUGAAAAUGAUGAAGUGCUAAAAAAAAAAUGGAAAAGCAUAAGAGACAACUAUUUACGAUACAAAAAAGAAAUAAAUGACACAACAGGACAAGCCACUAGAAAGUAUCAAAAUUGGCCGUGGGCAAGUCAGUUAAAAUUUUUAGAUAAAUUUUUAGCUCCAAGACAAACGACAUCCAAUAUUACAACUGACUUUCCAUUAGAGAUACAGAUACAAGAAUUAACAUCUCCUUCACAAAUAACUUCUCCAUUUCAGGCAUCAAUAUCAAUUUUCGACGUCGAAGAAUCGGAUGAUCCUCAAUUAUACACGCGUACUGAUUCUACAUUACCAGCACCGAAGAAAAUUAAAACAAAUAGUAAAGAACCUAAUAAUCAGCCUGUUGGCGUUUAUUUAGGAAAUAAAAAGAAACAUACAUAUGAUAGUGUUGAUCACUUAUUUCUCAGUUAUGCAGGAACCUUCAAAAAGUUUUCAGAAAGAAAUCAAAUAAAGGUUAAAGUAGAACUUGCUAAAUUAUUCGCUGACAUGGAAUUAAAAGAACUGGACGAACGUGGUCCUUCAAGUUCACUUUCCCUGCAUACUCCAAUGAGCAAUUAUUCAAAUGACUCUGAUUUUUCUCAACCAAAAACAAAAAAGCUUUUCAAAACGUGAUGUCAUCAUCAGAAAACUGUUCUACAGUUAAGUGACACCUUUUUGAGGCCGUCCCUUGACCCCGCCGACCAUGUGAUUUCCAGUCCAUUGACCAUUACAUAGUUCUAUGAUUAUAAUAUCUUAGUCCAUGGAUAUCAGUUACACAGUUAAUAAUUUUUAGUUAUCACAAUUUAAGAUAAUAUAUUAUUUAUGUAUUUUUUAAGUAUAUCUUAAAUUGUGAUUGUUACUAAUAGUUAAUUUGUGCCUAAUGAAGUAUAUGGGUAUUUAUAAUAAAUGGUAUAAUAUUAUAAUACCUUAAUUCUAAAUUAAUUUCUACAUUUCUAAUGUUUAUUAUUAUUAUUAGACAAUACUACAAUAGUUAUUAUUUUUGAAUAUUAUUACCUAUUAGAUUAUUAUUAUAAUUAUUAUACUCAACAUUUCAAUAUUCUCCAUGUCGGGCGGUCAGAUUUAGGCAGACGCAUACCAAUGCAGUGAAAAAAAACUUUUUCAAUUGAUUAUAUCUUAGCAUAUAACACAUUUAUUAUAAUGGUUCCUAUUUCAAAACAUUUUUACCAUUGAACACACAAGGAGAAAAUAGUCAACUGGCUGUAAUUGUAAUUGGUACCUACACAAUUUCCGAUAAUAAUAUAAUAUUGAAUGUAUUAGAUGUGGCACUUGGUGCAUGCUAUCGCCUAAUUGACACAACGGCGGUGUAUUAUAAUGCGCUGUACAUUAAAGAAGCACUUCAAGUAUUAUUACCAAAGUAUCAUCUGAAGCUUGAAAAUUUGUUUAUUACGUCAAAAUAAGCUCCCAAAUACCAUGGAGGAUAAGUAACUGCAAGUAAUAGAUAGGUACUCUGCAAAGGUCAUUGGAUAAUCUUGAUACCAGUUCCUUGGAUUUAUAUUUAAUACACUGGCUAGGAGCUGGGCGUACGCGUAUUAAUACAAAAAGUUCUGAAUUUUGUACAACUUAACUUGGAAGAUUCUUAUAAAGUUGCACUACGAUGACAAUGGUUCACUUAAGAAAAUUGGCAUAUCUAAUUGUACCAUAAAUCAUAAAGAAGAAAUGUUUGCCGAUCAAACGAAUAUUGCUCCCGCUGUUUAUCCGGUUGAAUUCCAUCCAUAUUUUCAACAAUUGUCUGAAACCUGAGUUCCAUAAAGUGUGCAGUAAGCCAAUAUUUUUCUACUUGCAUA